AUGCUUAUUCCAACAUCCAUUCUUUCAAGAGAUCCACGAUAUUGGUGGAUGAAUACAGAACUAUUCUAUCCAGGUAGAUUUUUAGGUGAAGACAAGAAUCAUAAUACUUAUGUAUUUCUUUCAUUUGGUAGUGGCCAUUGUCAAUGUAUUGGACAAGAUGUAGCACGAUUCGAACUCAAAGUUAUUCUAGCUACACUAAUCCCACAUUUUACAUUCAUCCAUGGUGGUUCCGACGUGAAUACUGGUGGACAUGGACAAGGGUUGCGUGUCAUACCAAAAUAUAUUGGCGUUAAAAUUAAGUUUGAUUCAGAAAUUUAA